UCACUGAAGAAUUAAAUCCUCCAUCUUCGCUCUCAAUCCAAAUCAAUCAGAGCUCGGUGAGGCGAAGAAGAAGAAGAAGAAGAAACCUCAGAAAUCGAAGGAGAUGAGUUUCUCAAAACUUAUGGCUUCUCUUCUCUUCCUUGCUUUCGUUUCAUUCUCGAGCCCUCUCGUCUCUGCUCAAAAAGCUCUUACCGCUUACGAUAUUAUCCAACAGUACGGCUUCCCUGUCGGCAUUCUUCCCCUCGGAGUAACCGGCUACAAAUUGGACAGAGACACCGGAUCAUUCAGCCUCUUUUUGGAUCAAAAGUGUAAAUUCGCGAUCGAUUCCUACGAACUGGAGUACAAACCUACCGUCACGGGCGUGAUUUCCCAAGGAAAACUCUCCAAACUGAAAGGUGUUUCUGUUAAGAUCUUGAUCCUGUGGCUCAGCAUCGUGGAAGUCGUUAGCGAUGGUGACGAACUCGGAUUCUCCGUCGGGAUUGCGUCUGCCAAUUUUCCGAUUGACAGUUUCUAUGAGUCGCCUCAGUGUGGAUGCGGAUUUGACUGCAAUAAGGUUGGGAGCUUGGUUUCGGCUUCUUGAAAGUAGGUGAAAUUUGUGUUUAAUAACUUACGGAAUAUUAAAUGUCGAAUCGCUUUGGUUUCUUCAAACUAGCGAUGUCCUGUUGCUUUGAACUGAAUUUAUGUGCGAUUUCGGAGAUCGGAUUAGCUCAAUUGUUCCAUUCUAUUUAUGGUGAAAUAAUCCUUUUUCCGAUGGAACGUAGAAUUGUUUUGUUCUGUCAUUGGAAUCUGCUUCUGCCUGUCUCUGAUACACCCGAUUUCAUAUAUAUGAUA